CACUGCUACUGCAGGACUCGAGAGUGUCUUUUCCUCUGUGGCGAGCUGGAAAUCAGCAUCAUGAAGUGGAUCUUGGUGGCCUUGUUCUGCCUCCACGUUUUGGAGGCAGCAGAAGUCAAAAUCCCCCUGAAGAAAAUGAAGUCCAUGCGUGAGACCAUGAAGGAUAAGGGACUACUGGAGGAGUUCCUGAGGACCCACAAGUACGAUCCUGCCCAGAAGUACCACUUCAGUGACUUCAGCGACUUCAGCGUGGUCUAUGAGCCCAUGGCAUACAUUGAUGCUGCCUACUUUGGAGAGAUCAGCAUUGGGACCCCACCUCAGAACUUCCUUGUCCUCUUUGACACCGGCUCCUCCAACUUGUGGGUGCCUUCUGUCUACUGCCAGAGCCCGGCCUGCACCAGCCACCCACGCUUCAACCCCAGUGAAUCCUCCACCUACUCCACCAAUGGGCAGACAUUUUCUGUGCAGUAUGGCAGCGGCAGCCUCACCGGCUUCUUUGGCUAUGACACCCUGACUGUCCAGAGCAUUGAGGUCCCCAACCAGGAGUUUGGCCUAAGCGAGGAUGAGCCGGGUACCAGCUUUGUCUACGCAAAGUUUGAUGGCAUCAUGGGCAUGGCCUACCCUGCCCUGUCCAGGGGUGGUGCCACCACAGCCCUGCAGGGCAUGCUGCAGGAGAACGCACUCACCAGCCCCAUCUUCAGCUUCUACCUCAGCAACCAGCAAAGCUCUCAGGACGGAGGAGCCCUCAUCCUUGGGGGUGUGGACAACAGCCUCUACUCGGGCCAGAUCUACUGGGCCCCUGUCACCCAGGAGCUCUACUGGCAGAUUGGCAUUGAGGAGUUCCUCAUUGGCAGCCAGGCGUCCGGCUGGUGCUCCCAAGGUUGCCAGGCCAUUGUGGACACAGGCACCUCUCUGCUCACUGUGCCCCAGCAAUAUCUGAGUGCCGUUCUGCAGGCCACAGGGGCCCAGGAGGACGAGUAUGGACAGUUUCUCGUGAACUGUAGCAACAUCCAGGACCUGCCCACCUUCACCUUCAUCAUUAACGAUGUGCAGUUUCCUCUGCCACCCUCCUCUUACAUCCUCGAGAACAAUGGCUAUUGCACCGUGGGGGUCAUGUCCACCUACCUGUCCUCCCAGGACGGCCAACCCCUGUGGAUCCUCGGGGACGUCUUCCUCAGGUCCUACUACUCUGUCUUCGACAUUGGCAACAACAGGGUGGGCUUUGCCACUGCCGCCUAGACUCACUGCCUGGACUGUCUUCUUCCUCUUGGCCCCUCAUCCUGUGGGGGCAGUCUCUCUGUGCUUCUUCUCUGGAUUCAGCCUUCCUUUUCUGAAGUCUGGACUUAUCUCUAACAAUAAAUAGUUCUUCU